AGGCUGCAGGGUAUGAAUUGCAUAGAAUGAGCACAUCUUGAAGACAAGAGAGACCAUGUAAAUACGGAGAAAGAGGCAGCAAGCACGAGCCAGUGGUGACCAGGAUUCCUCUUCUGCGUGCAGUCUGCAGGAUGUCCGCGGCAGCACUCGACGCGAGUCGCCCGUCUUCCGCAGGUGCCCGGCUGUGAGCAGCCCCGCUCGCCCAGGCUGCGCACUUUGCCCUCAGUCGGAGCAGCAUGGCAGGCUUCAAGCGGGGCUACGACGGGAAGAUCGCGGGCUUGUACGACCUGGAUAAGACCUUGGGCCGGGGUCACUUUGCUGUGGUGAAGCUAGCCAGGCACGUCUUCACGGGGGAGAAGGUGGCGGUGAAAGUGAUUGACAAGACAAAACUGGACACUCUCGCCACCGGACACCUGUUCCAGGAGGUGAGGUGCAUGAAGCUAGUGCAGCACCCUAACAUCGUGCGCCUGUAUGAGGUGAUUGACACCCAGACCAAACUCUAUCUCAUUCUAGAGCUUGGAGAUGGAGGAGAUAUGUUUGAUUACAUCAUGAAACACGAGGAGGGUCUCAAUGAAGACUUGGCCAAGAAGUACUUUGCUCAGAUAGUUCACGCUAUAUCUUACUGCCAUAAACUCCAUGUGGUCCACAGAGACCUAAAGCCAGAGAAUGUGGUCUUCUUUGAGAAACAAGGUCUCGUAAAGUUGACAGACUUUGGCUUCAGCAACAAGUUUCAGCCAGGGAAGAAGCUCACGACAAGCUGCGGAUCUCUUGCGUACUCUGCCCCAGAAAUUCUGCUUGGUGACGAGUAUGAUGCCCCUGCCGUAGAUAUCUGGAGCCUGGGCGUCAUCCUGUUCAUGCUGGUGUGUGGGCAGCCGCCCUUCCAAGAGGCCAACGACAGCGAGACGCUGACCAUGAUCAUGGACUGCAAGUACACGGUGCCUGCACAUGUGUCCAAGGAGUGUAAGGACCUGAUCACCCGGAUGCUGCAGAGAGAUCCCAAGAGAAGGGCCUCUUUAGAAGAGAUUGAAAACCACGCUUGGCUCCAGGGCGUGGACCCUUCGCCGGCCACGAAGUACAACAUCCCCCUCGUGUCCUACAAGAACCUCUCCGAGGAGGAGCACAACAGCAUCAUCCAACGCAUGGUGCUCGGGGACAUCGCGGACCGCGACGCCAUUGUUGAAGCCCUGGAAACCAACAGGUACAACCACAUCACAGCCACCUACUUCCUGCUCGCUGAAAGGAUCCUGAGAGAAAAGCAGGAGAAGGAGAUACAGACGCGGUCUGCCAGUCCGAGCAACAUCAAGGCCCAGUUUAGGCAGUCAUGGCCAACCAAAAUUGAUGUGCCCCAGGACCUUGAGGACGACCUCACGGCCACACCUUUGUCCCACGCUGCUGUCCCUCAGUCUCCUGCGCGGGCAGCCGACAGCGUCCUCAACGGCCACAGGAGCAAAGGCCUGGGUGACUCAGCCAAGAAGGAUGAGCUCCCUGAGUUGGCAGGGCCUGCACUCUCCGCCACACCCGCCGCAGGCCUGAAGCCUACAGGGAGUGGACGCAAGUGUCUGUUCAGGGUGGAGGAAGAUGAAGAGGAAGAUGAGGAGGACAAGAAACCUGUGUCCCUGUCCACGCAGGUGGUUCUGCGGCGGAAGCCAUCUGUGACCAACCGCCUAACGUCCCGGAAGAGCGCGCCGGUGCUCAACCAAAUCUUCGAGGAGGGCGAGUCGGACGAUGAGUUCGACAUGGACGAGAACCUGCCACCCAAGCUGAGCCGGCUAAAGAUGAACAUUGCCUCGCCGGGCACCGCGCACCGACGCUAUCACCGGACCAAGAGCCAGGGCCGUGGCUCCAGCUGUAGCAGCUCUGAAACCAGCGACGAUGACUCCGAGAGCCGCCGGCGGCUGGACAAGGACAGUGGCUUCCCCUAUUCCUGGCACCGCCGGGACAGCAGCGAGGGGCCCCCGGGCAGCGAGGGUGACGGCGGGGGCCAGAGCAAGCCCAGCCACGGCGGUGGCGGCGCGGACCAAGCCAGCCCAGGCGACAAGAGCUCGGGCGGUGGCAGCCCCUCAGGGGGCACAGGCGGCGCCCCUGGCAGCACCUCAGGCUCCACGCGUCGCUGCGCUGCGGGGCCCCCAAACUCCGUGCAGCUGGCCUCACGCAGCGCCGGGGACCUCGUGGAGAGCCUGAAGCUCGUGGGCCUCUGCCUGGGCUCCCAGCUGCACGGUGGUGCCAAGUACAUCCUGGACCCCCAGCGGGGGCUGGCGCUGUCCAGCGUGAAGGUGCAGGAGAAGUCCUCGUGGAAGAUGUGUGUGGGCGCUGCAGGGGGUGCAGGUCAGGCCCCGGCCGUGGGCGGCAUCAGGUUCUUCUCUGAGCACGUGGCUGGGGCCAGUGCCGAGCUGGAACGGAUAAAGAACAAGAACCUGAGGAACAACGUGCUCCAGCUACCUCUGUGUGAAAAGACCAUCUCUGUGAACAUCCAGCGGAGCCCCAAGGAGGGGCUGCUGUGCGCCCCCAGCCCGGCCAGCUGCUGCCACGUCAUCUGACGCCACGCGCCCGCGCGCCCCGGCCGCGGCAACGCGUGGUCUCUGCAUGCUGCUAGACCCCACUUUUCUUUCCAGCUGAAAAGUCUACUGUGUAUUUUUACAUUCAUAAUUUUAAUGUGGAUGAUCAUGAUGAAAUUAAAAUGUAUAUUUGGAACCUAAUAUAAAUGGAGCACUUAGAAAUAUGAUGUUCUGCACUUAACCUAGAGAGAGAUGCAUUCGUUCCUUGUGCAAAAUCUCAAUUCCUGUCCUGACCUUCUGUGAUCCAGAGACUCCGUGCUCCGAGGCAUCGUGCCGUGCCCCAGACAGAACCAAAGCAAUAACAUGCGGUGGCCCCGGCCCAGCCGCACGGUGGCCCUGCCGCCCACGGCCCGCAGAGCCCCGGACGGCACGCUGCACUGCGCACCCUGAACUGCGACCUGAGACGCCCGCACCUGUCUAUCUUAAGCUAGAGUGUGACAAGCGUGGGCUCAGAGGUAACCGAACAAGUGUCCUGUUUUCCCAGUAGGUGAGAUAAAGUACUUAGGUUUCUAAGGCAGCUUUCCCCCGUAGUGGCCAAUCACACACAGACAAUCCUGUAACGUGGCAAAGUCAAUUAAUGUCUGGACUCUCCUGACAGAGCGUCUUGUCUGUCCAUCCGUCUAGCAGAGCACAGGCUUCCCGGGGGCAGCGUCUGUUGAUGGGGCCUCGACACCCAGGAGGUGCAAGGCUGCGUGCAGGCCGAGGUGCGCCCGGAUGCCGGCUGCGUCGGAGCCUAUGAGUGCAAACCAAACCUCCAGAAUGUUUCUCUCAGGAGUUCGUUAAUUAGCUCGCCUCUGUUACUUCCAUUCCAUUCUACCCUUUGGCUCAGCUGCUUAUGGAAAUUGGCUGAUCCGAAAUUACAAUUGAAAGGGUAAAAUUCACACAGCAAACUAAAAUGCACAAAGCCUGCUCUGUAGCUUUGCCCCCAGUUUCCAUUUUGCCUUCCUGCCAAAAACAGUCAGGACUUCUGCUUUAACUUGUUCCAGCACAGAGACGCUUGGCCAGAUAGUCGCCUCUCCUGGCAUUUCACCUUGUAGGAUGCGAUAGAUCGCAGAUUGUGGAUUUUGCAAGGAGCCA